ACUGAUGUAAUGAAUGGUAUUGUGCAAAGGCCCCAUGGCAGAGGGGUUAGGGGACAUUUGAGAAACUUACAAAAAGUCAGUGUGGUGUGAACACAGAAAGUAGUGACAUAAGAUACAGCCAGAGAGGUAGUCAAGGGCCUGGUGGAGGAGAGUCUCAAAAACCCACGUUAUGGACUUUAUUCUAAGAGGGAUAGGGUACCUUCAAAAGGUUUUAAGUUGGUGGUAAUAUCUGAUUGCAGGAUGAACUAAUUGUAUAGGGAAUAGCAUGGAUACAGGAGGAUCAGAUAGGAGGUUGAUGCAGUGAUUUAGGUAAGAAAUGAUAGCUUGGACUGCCAAACUGGGAACCAGGGAGAUGGCUGAGACUGGCCCCAAGAUCAUGCAGGACCUCACCUCGGUGGUGCAUACACUCCUGCAACAAAUGCAAGACAAAUUUCAGACCAUGUCCAACCAGAUCAUUGGAAAAAUUGAUGAUAUGAGUAGUCACAUUGAUGACCUGGAGAAAAACAUUGUAGACCGCAUGACCCAGGCCUGGGUGGAAGAACUGGAAGGGGAAAACAAGAUACCUGCUACACAGAAGAGUUGAAAGCUGCUAAUUUACACUGAAAUCUGGAACAUUGUGUUUACAAGCCAGGAGAAGACUAAAUGGCUCUUUGCAACUAAUUACUAUACCUAGACAGGUCUGAUAUUGUAAAGUGUGCAUUCUUCUUAUCACAUACUAUAUAGUUAGUUGAUAGAGUGAUCCCCCCUCCCCCUGUUUCUCAAACUUGAUAACUUCACAUCUUGGAUCUUGGUCAGUUGUGCUAUUAAAUUUUAAACACUAAAA